AUGCCCGACAUCUCUGUCGGCGCCCAGGUGUUUGAUCUCUGCUUUCACCCUACUAGCUCUCUCCUCUAUACCGGCCUCCUUACUGGCGACGUCAAGGCGCUUGCCUACGAUGACCAGGGCAACCACGAGGCGAAAUUCAACCUCAGACCUAGCAAGCGCUCCUGCCGCGCCCUAUGCCUCAGCGAAGACGGGAGCACGCUGUGGGCUGGAGGAAAAUCAAAAGCUAUAUAUGCAAUUGACACGACCACGGGAGUGGUUGUGGAGACGAAAAACGGCGCGCACGACUCGCCGAUAAACCGCAUGAGAAAGCUCACCCAGCAUACGUUAGUCAGCGGCGACGAUGACGGCGUGAUCAAGUUAUGGGACAACCGGAAGCCUGACGGUGCUAUCCGCGCUUACACCCACCAUUUUGACUUCAUCUCCGAUUUCCUAUACCUCGACAACAAAAAACACCUGGUGUCUACCAGCGGAGAUGGUACUUUAUCCGUCGUGGAUAUACGCUCCAAGAAGACGGAGCCGUACGCGCAAAGCGAGGACCAGGAAGAUGAGCUGCUCUCCGUCGCCUCCAUACGCGGAGGCAAUAAGUUCGUCGUGGGCACUCAGAUCGGCAUCCUCUCAGUCUUUAACAAGUCCAGCGGCUGGGGUGAUUGUGUCGACCGCAUCCCGGGCCAUCCUUCCUCGAUCGAUACUCUCUGCAAUCUCCCGAGUCGCUACCCGUCAGCGCACUCGACGCUGCUCACCGGUUCUUCCGACGGUCUCGUGCGCGCCGUGCAGCUUUUCCCCACCAAGCUCCUUGGCAUUGUCGCGGAUCACGGCGAGUUUCCAGUAGAGCGCGUCGUCGUAGAUCAGGCGGGUGAGGGCGAGUGGGUGGCCAGUGUUGGCCACGAGGAGGGCGUGAAGUUGACGCAUUUGAGGGAGGUGUUUGAGGACGAGAACGAAGAUGAGCAGGACGAGGACCAAGAUCAGGGACAAAGUGAUCAGGACGAAGAGCACAGUGAUGGGGACGACCAUCAGGUGGCCGCAGCACCUUCCCCAAAACAUUUGGUCACUGUGGAUAUGACGGGAGUAGGAGAAGGAAACGUAGAUACCGACGGCAAGCAAGAUACAGAUGAUGAGGAAGAUGCAGAUAGUAGCGACGAAGACGAGGUCGAGGUUGAAAGAACUAGGAAGAGGAAGCAGAAGGAACACGAUCCGUUGACUGCUGGCAGGAGGAAAAAAGGUCGGAACGAGAUAGACGCAGACGGCGCCUUCUUCGCAGAUUUGUAAGGCAAAACGACCGCUUUUUGCUACAUCAGGAUCGAUUCUGUACAUCCUUCCUCCUAGCCGUAUCACAUUCUCGUCUCUCUUGCAUUGCCUGAAGCAAUAGAAGCGGCAAUGCCCGCAUAAUGAUACAAGAAAACAUGCGUCGUACAAGUUGCCACAUGUCGUCGAAAGUCCACCCAACCAGUACUAGUGUGGCACACUCACCGUGUUUCAGCGAGUACGAUCAGUGCCACGAUCAACACCAAGAACAUGAGGGUCCCGCUCGUCACUGCCGCCACCCUACAUCUCCGCACCCACGGGUUUCCUUUCCGAAUAGACGCCGUGGCUGAUUGGACGCGCUGCGAGCCAGCCUCGGUGUUGGCGAGCAGUUGUGUCUCCCUCGCCUGCGACGGCGUCGCCGCGAGCGUCACCGAUCCUGUCUGGCCCGACGGCGGCGCCGAGCCCACCGCCGGCGGCUUGGGGAACCGUGCCCACAACGGUAGCAUCAUGCUCGCUCCCGCGAUCGGGUCCGCCCCAGCCCUGUCUAGCUUGCUCUCUGACUUGCCCUGUGUACACAUCCACCCCCCGACGAGCCAGAACCACGGUCCUGCGACGAACCCGAUCCAAAAGAGCAGGCACGCGGGCGGCACGUCCUCGUACGCUCGCCGGCCCAUCUGCCUCCACUCGGCGAACGACAGCCGGCUCGCGCCGGACACGACCUUGCUCCAUCGACGCAGUAUGAACGAGGACGUGGUCGUGUUUACACGCGGGAGUCGCGGGCGCGCCUCGGGCGGGCGGAGGUACUGCGGCGUGGCGGGGCGCGUGGGCCCCCACGCCGAGGGCGCGGUGUCCGUGUCCGUCGGCGGACCCGCCUCGAGGUCGCUGGGAAAGACACUAGGAUCGUUGACGCUCAUGCGCAAUGCAGAACGAACGCUGACUAUGCCUGAGUCUCGGUUCUUGGCACUGAAGCCGCUGUGGCGCGGGGGCAUCGGCCACCGGAGAUCAAGCCCGAGAGAGGAGUCUGAGACGGGCGUGAGCGGUUGCUCGUCAUCGUCGUCUCGGAGCGCGAUCAUGGACGCCGUUGGGGUCUUGUUCGGGCCGUGGACGGAUCGAGCGGUGUGAAAGCUCUCUGCAUCCGCGUCCUCGCGGACUUCCGACAUGCGCUGGUUCCGGGGGCUGGCGACGAUGGUGGGCAAGGUGGGGGCAAGGACGGUACGGUGUUGGUGUGAAUGGGAAUGGGAAUGCGAGUGCGGAUGCACAAGGUGGUGCGGCGCUUGGAUCUGCUGUUUCAGUGGGGAGCUGUUGGACGGAGAGCUGCCCAGCGAAAUCGCGGGCGGGAAUGCAAGCGGAGGAAUAGUCGGAGCGGAUACGUUGGACCCGAAAGUUCGAAUCGAGGACGUCUGGCUAAUGCUCCGCUUUAGCGGACGGCGCAGAAAUGUAGAGUACCCGGAAGAAGUGGGCGAUUGUAAGUCUUCGGGAGAAGAUACACUAGUCAAUGUGGUAUGAGUUCUGGCACUUUCCGAGAGCAUGGCCGAAUCUGGCUCGGCGAGGUCCAAAUACCUUCUCUCGACGAUCGGGGAGAGAGGUACUAUGGGUGGUAGGGUCGGCUUCUCAUCUUGCAGCGGCUUGAAGCGAGGGAGAGAGCUCAUCGAUUGGGUAGAACGGGCGGUCGGAGCAGCGUAGACCCUCGGUAGGUCUCGUGAAGACGUCGAGCUGGCGAGCGGCGGAGCGGGCGAACUGGAGCGGCCAAGUAAAUGGAGGGCAGUCUCAGACUUGCUUGGGGAAAGCCAGGAGACGUGCGAGGGGCCUGUGUGCGGCUGUCGAGUCCAACUAGCGGAGGAGCUUGUCGAAAGCUUGGGUGGGCAACUGAGAUCCCGGAUUGGAUCAUCGAGAUCAGGAGGCGGCGUACGCUGAGUGCGUCUGCUGGCGCGGUCACCGUCGGGAGAGGGGAAGACUUGAGCAAGGACCUUGUGCAUAGCGAUGCCAGUGGAUGUUGGGACGAACACUGUUGAACUCCCCUGAAGGCGAACAGCAUCCUGCCGUACAGAUGCGUGCGAGAAGCACGCAGGAAUGCGGGGCUCGUACGCAUAAUGAACUAACUGCGCGUGUUUCUUCUAGAAUGGAGCACCGGCUGGGCGCAACGUUGUUGGGUAGAAAGCUGUGCGAUGUCGGCGCCAUCGAGGCUGG